UGGUGAUGUUUGCACAUCGUACCGGGCACUCACCACGCAAGACAAACACUCACCAUCGCACAAGGCGCACCCUCUACCCCCACACCAACCAACUCCGCCCCGCACUCGACCGCGCACAUAACCCACUCGUACACUCCCCCGCGCUCCGCAUGCCAUCCCUUACAGAGCAAGUGAAGCGUGCCGCGUCGGUGGGGGGGGCAGUGGGAACGAGAGAGAGAGAGAGCGAGCGAGGAGUUCCUUUCGUAGAGAGCCGCCCGCCUCCAUCCCUCCCCUCCUUCUCUAUCCCCUCCCCUCCCUCUCUCCUCCCCCUGCAUUGUGGUGGAGCGAGCAUGUAGCGCGCACGGCAGCAUCGCGUGCGCGUCUUUGUUGACUCCCGGAUAACCAUCAUCAUCAUCAGUAUCACCACCAUCCUCAUCAUCGUCACCGAUAUAUCAACCCACCACCAAGCGAGCUCACACAAUAGCCAACAUGUGCAUCCACGCCUCCUGACAUCGCAUCAUACAUACAUCAUACGCGUGCAUGUAUUAUACAUGCGUAGGUCACAUACAUGCACGUACGCACGUAUGCUGUAUUACUGCACGCGAGUCGAGGAGGAGGAGCGGAGUGAGUGAGCGAGCGAGCGCAGCACGGGACUCGCAAUGGCAUCGUCGCACGUCUCGCAGCGAGUGCGGCGCUCCGCGGUCUCCCCGACUCCGACGCGAACCCAGCCUCUGCGAGCGACCGUGCCCUACCAGUUGCGAGCCGGCUUAGCUAGCCCGUCCGGACAGGGGCUCCCUGCCGUCGGGAAAGCGGCCACCACGACCACCGCCAACGCCACCGCUACUGCACCAUCAUCAUCACCCGGCGUCGCAGCCGCCGCCGCCGCCGCCGCGACCCCGGUACCGAGUCCGUGCGCCCAGCCCGUGGCCCCGUGCACUUCGCUGCCGUGCGCUCCGGCCGCGCAGAAUUACGGGAAGAGAUCGGCGGCCGCGGCCGUCGUCACCACCUCGACGAGCACGAGCACCGGCAGCGCCACGAGCAGCACCUGCGGUGGCAGCGACGGCCGCGCGUCCGAAUUGUCUCCGUUCAGCGCCGUGGGCUUAGACGAGCGCAGCAGCAGCAGCAGCGUCAGGCUGGCGGUGCCGUCUGCUGACCAUCAACCACAUCAGCAGCAGCAGCAGCAUAAUCAUCAUCAUCAGCAGCAGAGGGUGUCCCCCGAGAGAUCCAGCCCCGGCUCUCCAGUCCCUAAAGUGCAGCGCUCUCGCACCUUCCACGUGACUGCCCCAGCAGGGGCCGGCUGGCAGGGGGGGCCCCCCGGUGCCCUCACGGGACCCUACCUGAGCGGGCAGUGGCCCAGGGAGCCUCCCGUGCCUCACCACGGUCUCAACUCCACCUGCGACAAGGCCACCCAGACGCCCUGCACGUGGACAGACCGGGCCCCUGAAAGACGCUCCAGCCUGCACCGCCGCUCGGCUUCCUGGGGCAGCGCUGACCCACGCCGAGAGAUCGUGAAACUCCGGCAGCAGCUGCAGCGUGGCAAGAGCCGGGGUGUGGGCGAGCCCGGUGUCACACCUGGAGGAGGGGGAGCAGGAGCAGGAGGAGUGGGGGGGACACGCGAUGUGGUCGAGCCACCGGACAGGGCGGCCCCCCAGAGCGAGCAUCACAACGCGUGGCGCGAGAACAACGGAAGCCCUGCGGCCACGCUCGGACACACGCACGCGUCGUGGCCACGGCGCGACUCGAUCCCCGUGUCCUCCGUGCCGCUGGGCCGCUGGGGCCUGGCCUGGCUGCGGGGCAGCCUCGAGGGCCUCAACCAGGAGCUGGAGGGCGUCUUCCUGCACAACGAGGACACGGACCGUGCACGCCGACAGUUACAGAACGCGCCGGACGGCCACCGGGCCCCGCUGCCAUGCCCCCCCGGGCGGAGCAGCGCCACUCGCACCGUGGACACGCAGACGCCCCCCGUGCCGGCACGGAGGGACGCACGCACCCCUGGCUCGCCGGAGCGUGGGGGCCCGCGGGACCGGGCCGCGACCGUCCACGGCGGCUCCGGCGGCGCGACCCGCCCGGCGGACGCGGCGGCAGCGCCCGCCGCGUCGCCCUCGCGGCGGGCGGACGACGGCGGCGUCGCCGGUGCCGAGGCCGCGGCCAAACGACGGAGCGCGGCGGCGGUGGCGGCGCUCGGUUCUGCGGAAGGGCCCGAGUCCCCCCCGUGUCUGGCGCGGCCGGCGCCGCUGCAGCCCGACGGGCGGUCGCCGUUCGUCUGCGUCUGCGUGGAGGCGGAGGCCGUGCCGACGCCGCUGCCGUCGUCCGGGGGCCCCGGCGCAAGCGACGGGCCGCACGGGGCGGUGGCCGCGAGCGGAGCGGCGGUGGCGGUCGCGGCGGUGGACGGGGCCUUCUUCCUGCCCAAGCUCAUCUCGGCGCCGCGCGCCGGCCGCAGCUCGACCUUCCCUAAGCCGGUGCGCGCGGCGCGGGGGCCCGAGGACCGGCCGGCCCCCGAGGGCAGAGAGGGCAGCCCGGUGGGCAGCUGCAACCUCGAGGAGCUCUCCACUCAGUUUGGCGGAACCGUGACAAUUAGUUCUCCGGACAAGAACAAAGUCAACUUCAUCCCCAACAGCAAUUCUGCCUUCAUCUCCAUUCGGAGCAUCAGAUGUGCGUCACUGAGCUGCCUCGAGGGCACGUCGGAAGCCGACUGGGGGCCACCCUCCUCCUGCCGCACCUUGGUGAUGGACAGAGACACGUUGCUGACCAAACCGGCGCACAUCAGCAGAGGACAGGCAGCCCCCGGAUUAGCCGGUGGGUGGCCCGAGUCUCGGAACAGCGGCGCCGCUUGCCCGUCGGCAAACCGAACAGGAACCCCCCCGGAGAGCCGCGAGCCGCAGACCGCCGCGGCUCCCGGCGGCGCCGGCGCCGCCGCCGCCGCCCGGCCGCCCGACCUAACGGCGAGUCCGAAGCCGAGCUCGCAGGGACCACCGAGCGGCGUCGUCGGCCUGCUGGGACCGCCGCAAAACGACGGAGAGCGAGGACGGCCCCAGGCGGGCGCGGCGAUGCCGCCGCAGACGCACCCGGUGCUCUGCUAGUUCGGCCGCUGUUCGCGGCGCGUACGGAACGGCGGGUGCAGCGCGUGACGUACUUCACACGAUACGGUUCACUUCCUACAAAUGUACUCACGAGCCGGUCAGGGACGCGUUACCGCUUGCCCCUCUUCGCUGUGAAGAACGUUUGCACGAGAGCAGUUUGAAUUUUACGCGUGGGCCAAAAUUUGAACGGAGACUUGCGUAGAGUUCUCAGCAAUUACUCGGAUUGACAUCAUUUACAUAACCAACUGCUUCGCGCAGCAAGCACUCCUUUGAUUUGCGCAUGGCUGGAAUCGUCGUUGUAAUAAAAAUAAACCCAGCUCGCUCUGCGAACAUAACAAGCACACUUAUCCGUGAACGAAUUGUAAAUCGCAGAACGCAUCCUCCGCGACUCCCCUCGUGGACGUCAAAUCCCAACAAGCCGAGGGAGGGCAGCUUGCAACCGGGGCCCCCUCCCCCGUGUCGGUCGAGGGGGACAGACGCGAGACCCCUGUGCAUCCUUCCCCCCCCGCAACGGGCUGCCCGAUUUUUUGUUGUUGUUGCGAGGGUUGGGCCGACGAAAAGGUCCGGCGGUCAAGUAGCAAAACAGAAAUAUCUUUUUGAACCAGUCGACGUCCACCACCACCCCCCCCCCGACCUCGUGAUUUAAAAACGUGCAGCCCCGUCCAUCUGCGCAGACGCCCUGUGUUUUGUUGAACCAGUGCCAAAUAAAUACAACCCUUAUUUUUCGUUUUUGGAGCUCGAGGCAGAAUGCUCUCCGAUCGUCAACGUGUUUUCACGGCAGGCAACACGAAUUUAGGUGGUUCUGCAGUACCUCAUAUGUAUUUACGUAUUUUUAAUCCCUCGAUAUACAUGGUAUUUGUGAGUGUUACAGAGUGUUCGAUACUUUUAAACGAAAGCGGACGUCUCAAAUGAUUAAUGUAAUGAAUCAAUCGGCCGCGUUAUCGAUCGUUUAAAAAAAAAGCGACCUGGUAUUCUCCUUAAACAUAACGGCUAAGACUCAGGAAAGUUUAGUUUUUUUGUGUCAAAUUUGUCUUGCGGCAAUAGCUCAACUGCAAAGUCCCGCUUCGACAGCUUUUGCCCUGCGUAAUUUUGCUUUUGUACGCUGUCGCUAUCAUUCGCGCGCCCUUGCCCAAACCUCCCUCUGGCGUGUGGCGUUGGUACCGUUCACACGCGCGCCAACACUCACCACCCAACCACCACAACCCAACCACCAACACCCUUGUCCAGAAAUUGCACAAGUACUACUGUAUCUACUGUACAUUCCCUUUUUUCACAUUUCCUGUUUGCAGUGGUUGAUUAUUUAAAAUAAACAAUGUAACAAUUA